CAAAACUCUCUAGAAUUUCAGAAUUUGAACUAACUAUUACUCUGUUCUUUUCUUAAACCAGAAAAGAAAAGAAACAGAAAUGGGAAGUUUAGAGGAUGAUGAGUUGGGGCAAAUGGUACAAGACUUUAUAGAAUCUGAGUCAACAUCCCCUACAAGUUCCACUUCCUCAAAUUGCCAUGUUUUGCACCAUCAAACCAGAUAUUUUAUUCUGCAGGACACUCUCAGGUAUGAGACAGCAGGAGAAGCUAAGGUUAAGAAGAAUGUCUUGAAACAUAUGAGAGGCAGAAGACAGGGUUCUGAGAAAACAACAAGUCUGAGUAAAUGGCUUGUUAUGAGGAUGAAAAUGGAUGGCAUCAAUGUUUCUUUGUGCCACACAUCUUGGUCCACCUCAUUGGGAUGUCCUGCUGGUGAAUAUGAAUUUAUUGAAGUCAUAACUGAAGACAAGAAUCAUGCUGGUCUAGUGAGGCUCUUAGUAGAUAUAGACUUCAGGUCCCAAUUUGAGCUUGCAAGGCCUACACAGCACUAUAAAGAAUUGACAGACUCACUCCCAGUUAUCUUUGUGGGGACUGAGAACAAACUCUGCAAGAUAAUCUCUUUCCUUUGUUCUGCUGCCAAACAGUCCCUAAGAGAGAAGGGUCUCCAUGUGCCUCCAUGGAGAACCACUGCAUACAUGCAAUCAAAAUGGCUCUCUGGUCAAGUUGGUGAUGGCAGGGAGAACUAUGUUGGAGCAAAAGCUAGUGAAAUUGGUGUUGGAAGUGAUGAUGAUGAUGGUAUUGCCAAUUGGGUACCUCCAAUACUGAAGCCUAAACAAAGGGAUUUGGGUGGUGGAGGGUCUGGUUUGUCUAGCCAAUUAUCUAACAUGAGCAUAAAUUGUUGCUAGCCACCCAUUUGGAUUGGCUUCUCUCUCCUGAAUCAAUUUUGAAACCCAGAAGUUAAUCAGUGAUAGAAGAGUUUUCAAAUAAGCACCUACCCAAUUUUGGUCAUAUUUAUUUUGGAUUUUUUUUUAUUGUUGAGCUCCAUCAUGAGUGAUUGAUCAUCACAAAUAUUUUUGUAUUGCCAAUGUAUGCUUAGUGCAAUCAAAUAAUCAAUACCUAUUGUAGGUACUUAUUUAGAAUUUUAA